AGGCAGAGCGUGACCUACGCGUGUGGACAGACCAUGGCGUUGAAUAGCUGUGUGUGAGGUUAGCAUCUGAAAAACACCUCCGGACAGACGCGUCUGCGCACUGAAAGCUGCCGACAGCGACGGCGGGGUGAAAAAUAAGGAUGGGGUCCCGAAUCAAGGAGAGCCCUGAAUCCACGUUUGAGGUAUAUCUGGAGGUAGCCCGUCUAGGCACACACAGCUCUGGGCUGGAGGUGCAAAGGCAGUUCCCUGAAGACUAUACAGACCAGGAAACUUUGCAGACUGUGCCCAAGUUCUGCUUCCCCUUCAGCAUGGACAGCCUGACAGUCAACCAGGUCGGCCAGAACUUCACAUUUGUGUUGACUGACAUUGAGAGCAAACAGAGAUUUGGCUUCUGUCGCCUCUCCUCGGGUGCCCACCACUGCUACUGCAUUCUCAGCUACCUGCCCUGGUUUGAAGUCUUCUACAAGCUGCUUAAUAUACUUGCAGAUUACACCAUCAAAGGCCAGGAAAGCCAAUGGCAAGAGCUCCUGGUGUCACUACAUACUCUCCCUAUCCCUGAGCCUGGAGUCCCUGUUCAUCUUGGUGUGCAUUCCUUCUUCACUGUGCCUGACACAGGGGAACUCCCCAGCAUACCUGAGAAUAGAAACCUAACAGAGUACUUUGUAGCAGUAGAUGUCAAUAACAUGCUUCAUCUAUACGCUAGUAUGCUUUAUGAACGUCGAAUCCUCAUCUGCUGUAGCAAACUAAGCACUUUAACAGCUUGUGUCCAUGGGUCUGCAGCCAUGUUAUAUCCAAUGCACUGGCAACAUGUUUACAUUCCUGUCCUGCCUCAACAUCUGUUAGAUUAUUGCUGUGCCCCAAUGCCCUACCUCAUCGGAGUACAUUCCAGCCUGAUGGAGAAAGUUCGAGGGAUGGCUCUGGAUGAUGUGGUGGUCCUGAAUGUGGACACAAACACCCUGGAAACCCCUUAUGAUGACCUGCAAAGCCUGCCCAACGAUGUGGUUUCAUCUUUAAAAAGUCGCUUGAAGAAGGUUUCAGCAACAACUGGGGACGGCGUGGCUCGAGCCUUCCUCAAGACUCAGGCGGCACUGUUCGGCAGCUACAGGAACGCUCUGCAGAUUGAGCCGGAAGAACCAAUAACAUUUAAUGAGGAAACCUUUGUGAACCAUCGUUCCAGUGCCAUGAGACAGUUCCUCCAGAAUGCCAUCCAGCUGCAGCUCUUCAAACAGUUCAUUGACGGCCGCUUGGACCUGUUGAACUCAGGAGAAGGUUUCAGUGACAUCUUUGAGGAGGAGAUCAACAUGGGCGAAUAUGCAGGCAGUGACAAGACCUACCACCAGUGGCUGUUCACUGUGAAGAAAGGAGGCGGGGCUAUCCUCAACACAGUGAAGACCAAGGCAAACCCAGCCAUGAAGACCGUUUACAAGUUUGCUAAGGACCAUGCAAAAAUGCGUAUCAAGGAAGUCAAGAGCCGGCUUAAGCAGAAGGAACAGGCAGAAAAUGGCUUCUCCACAGCAGGGUCAGCGGUCAUUGAUGACGACAACACAGCAGGGUUUACCUCUUCCACCGGUGCGGUCAGGAGGGAGGGGCCACUGCGAACCUUGGACGACCACAGGCCAAUCACUGUGCACUUUGGACAGGUGGGCAGAAAUGAUGUGGCUCGGCCACCAAUGGUGUUGAAGAGGCCAAGCAGCAAUGUGAGUCUGGAGAGCAGUGUUGACCACUCUAUCCGUCCUACUCGUCACUACACAGUCUUUCUCUCUGAGGAUUCAUCCGGAGACGAGCUCCAGUACGAUGAUGACUCCAUCUCUGGCUUUCCUGACAGCUUUCUCUUCUCCGUUCCUUUUGAGUGGUCGCCUCUGCCACAGCCGUACCGCUCCCUAAAGGAGGUUGAGUUGAUAGAAGGGGACGAUCCUGGAUUUGCGGCAGAGAGUCACACUGCCCCUCCCAGCCCAGUUAAUGAGAAGUUCUCCAAUGUCAACCUGCUGGGCGAUAUCUUCGGCUGCCAGGACGAGCCUGACAGCCAUCCACUUACCUUGGCUAAAAGUCUUGAGGACCUGAGGACUUCCAAAGACUCUGCGGAGCUACAAGCCAAGUUCACCUACCAGCGGAUGGACUUCAGUGUCGAUGAACACUCGCGAACGCUUCCAGGCCUGAAGCUCUCCAACCCUUACAACAAGCUGUGGAGUAUAGGGCAGGAUCAGACAGCCUUGCCCGUUUGUGUGCCUCCUGCCUGCGAUAGACCUGCGCCUGUCCAGCUUCCUGUGCGGACAGAUGCCCACUCUCCGAGCCAUGAAAGCUCCGGCCCGGGCCCCGAUUCUUUGGACCCUUCCAUCCCAGGCAACAUCACCAUUCCACGUCCCCACGGAAGGAAAACACCUGAGCUUGGUAGUGUCCUAGCACCCCCUGUGGCCCAGACGCGCUCUAAACCAGCAGGAGCUGGUGAAGGAGGGACUACAUCAGGGGGACAAGAGUUUAGGCAAGCCCUGAGUAUGACCACAGAUGGGGACCUGCUGAAGCCCACCAAGGCUACCAAAGACAGUAUAGAUCUGAUAAGCCUCCUGGACCCUCUGAACAGCUCAGCAGCAACCAGUUCCACUUCAUUGAGUGAUGGGGUAGAUGUUGGUGUGUCUUCCUCUUCUUGCAAACCAACACUACCACCAAGGUCUUACCCACAGGGUUUGCCCCCAUUUCCAGUGCAUACUCAUAUAUCCCUCAACCCUUUUGCCCAGUCUCUGCAGCACACCUCCCCUCAAAUGCAUUACUCACCGACCGUAAGUGGGAAUCCCUUCAGUGCACUCUAUGGGCCUCCACCAGGCUCUUACCUACACACUCCACCCCAGCCGCAGUCAUUUUCUACACUAGCGGGCCUCUACAGACAGCAUUCGCCAGGCAGCUCGACUCUGCCACCCAGCUAUGGACUGCUCCAGUCUGCCUUCGCUUCAUCCGUCACCUCCCUGCCUCAGUCCUCUGCCAGCAAUCAUGCUCUUUCCAGCCUGGCGGACUCCUCGUCUGUCCCCAGUACAGCCCUGAACAUACUGGCAAAGCCACUUCGUGCUGAGGGAGACAGCCAGAAAAAUCAGGAUCCUUUUGGGGAUCUGCUGACUAUGGCCAAGCCAGCUACACCCCAAAAAAAGAAAGCGGAGGACCUUCGGAGGAGGUGGGAAACAUUUGACUAAAACCUGUGAAUAUGGACUAAGGUACUCUGUCACUACCCAAACUUCCCUCACUGCUCUAUCAUGACCUUCUGUUGCAGUUAAUACCGCAUUAGCUCUAAAACACUCUGCUUGUGCAUCUCACAAUCGUAGAAGAAUAUCUUAAACUGAGAUUAAAGACAUGCUGAGGAAUGCAACUUGAGAGUUGAGAUUCUUCCUAAUCGUCUAUUCCAAAGUGAUGUAGAUAUCUGUGGGCUCUGCUAGCUUUUUAACAUUUGUAAGUAUUGUUAGCUAGCCAGAACUAAAAUGAUUUAGGAAACAUAAGCUAAUGAGGCUUACAUGAUUUCCCCUGCAGCCCAGCAACAUUAACAACAGUAAGCAGCUGCUGCCGCCACCUUCAUUGUAUCCAGUGUAAAGUCAAGAUCUGAGGAGAGAGGGCUUCUCAGCAACGUGUACAGUUAUUUGCCACUGCUGUCUGAGUUGAUGAUGGCUGAGCUUUUUUUCUGCUUGCCACCUCAGCUCACCAUAGAAACCACACAGGAAAACGAUCCUGGGGCUCCUUUAACAAGGCUAGCAGCACAUGUAGCUUAUUGUAAAGGUUGUUAGUGCGUUCAGAUUUAGGCAUCGGUUGGUUAGGUUCUCCCUGCUGCUUCUUAGUUGAAAUACUGAAAGACGGUUAUGUCGCCGGGUGGCUGACACAGUAUUAACCGCUGUCCUUAAGCACCUCAACUCACAAGCUAACACCCAACAUUAUAGUUAUAAUCCUUCAUUUUCAUUAUAUUAGAACUCCAUUUUUGUUUUUUGUAAUGAUUGGGGUCUUCAUGCCCUGUGUGGGAUUCAAAUGGUGUACCCACUCAAAAGGGCUUCACAGGAAGCUGCAUGUACUGGGCAUGAAGCAAAAGACGUCACUAGAUCAUUAGUACAGUUUAGUACAUGUUUAUUAAAACACCCUGACAUAAUAAACCCUCUCAGCCCACAGUUUGAUACAGAAGUUGCUCUUCCUCUAUGGUAUUUCUGACAGGAAAUCUUUACAGGUGUUUUCGCUGCCUCCAGUGGUUAAAGCAGGUGUUUUCCCUAGCCAUCACCACCAAAUCAACCAGGGCUGAAAUCUUACAGGUCAUAACUUAAAAUAAAUAGCUUUUCUUACCACAUUGCAGUCUGUAAUUGGUGCUUUUUUAUCGUCAGUUUUCUUGAUUGAUGACUUUUGUGUUAGACUGCAAUGACAGGAUUUUCUUCUACUGCUGUGUUUUGGGCAUAUGGAGUAGUGCAAAUGCAUCAGAGAUAUGUCGUCUGCUGCCACAGAAGGUCCUGAUCCAGUUGGUAGAAAUGCUCAUGCGAUGACACCCUACACACACAUGCACACACACCUCCCCUGCCACCACCAUGAGCUCUGCUGCUCACCAGUGACAGGAGCGUGUGUGGAGACUGUGGACUGUCAUCAGCACGCAGCAACUAAACUCAACCGGUCUUUGAACUGUUUGAAUUUGGAUAUUUUGUGUUGUUUCAUUCUCCUGCCAUUUUGCCCGGGAAGUCACACACAAAGCAGGCUUUGCUUCAACAUGUUCAGAUGCCAACAAUUUUCAGACCAUUGCCACUAACACAGUUCUUUGCACAGCAACCUCUCGUGUCAUCUGUCUUUAAUGCCAGCACAUUAGCGUAGUGCUCAGUAUAGAUUUGUGAGUUUAAAAAUAGUAUUUCCUAAAAGAGGACCUGUCACACUCACAAUAGCAGAUGUCUUAAUGAUGUCUACUUCUACGAUUAGCUAGUAUUAUUACUAGUUAGCUAGUCUGCUGUAGUUUCUGAACAUCCUAAUGGCAUUAUGGUACUGUAGCUACAGAGUGUGGU